AUGGCGAACGAGCGGCUACCCGAGCUGAUUGCUUCGGUGCCUCCGGGCGAGACCUACUUCUCAUUGGAGUUCUUUCCACCGAAGACACAAGCGGGCUUCAACAACUUACAGUCUCGGCUCUCUCGAAUGGCAGUGGCUCUCAAGCCUCUAUAUGUAACAGUCACAUGGGGAGCUGGUGGCUCAACGUCGAGCAAGAGCCUGGAACUGGCCGAAAUAUGUCAACGUCAGUUGGGAAUGCCCACAGUGCUCCACCUGACAUGUACCAACAUGCGCAAAUCCAUGGUGGAUGAUACGCUCGACGCGUGCAAGGAGCUUGGUAUCAGGAAUAUUCUCGCCCUCAGAGGUGAUCCCCCGCGAGAAGAGUAUCGAGAGGAAGACGCUUCGGGCAAUCGUGACACGGGCGAGGACGAGUUUGUAUGGGCUGUUGACUUGGUCACGUACAUUCGUAAGAGACAUGGAGACUACUUCAGCAUUGGCGUGGCUGGUUAUCCCGAGGGGCAUGCGGACGAGAGCAAUCCUGAAGCAGGCAAGCAGAGCGUUGAGUACGACCUGCCAUACCUGGUGGAGAAGACGCAGGCAGGAGCCGAUUUCAUCAUGACACAAUUGAGCUAUGAUCUCGAUGCAUACGACAAAUACGAAAGAAGACUAAGAACAUACGAGACCGCUAGCGGCGAGAAGCCAUUCGAGCGGAUACCAAUCAUUCCCGGCCUGAUGCCUAUCCAGAGCUACCAGAUCGUCAAGCGGAUAACCAAGUUGAGUCACGCGAAGAUUCCUCAGGAUAUCGCCCGGCGAAUAGAAGCAGUCAAGGAUGACGACGAGGCCGUUAAGAAGGUUGGUGUCGACAUCUUGAGCGAGCUGGUGGAAGGCAUCAAGGGAUUGCAGCAACCGGCGGGACUACCACGCGGCCUGCACUUCUAUACCCUGAACUUGGAGAAGUCUGUGGCCUUCAUUCUCGAACGCUGCCAUCUCAUCCCGCAUAUGAAUGAGCCCGAGCCUGAUGAGAGUUCGGACUCAGAUGCGGUGCAGGACGGUGCCCAUACCAAUGGAACGAAUGCUCACGCCCCGCCGCCAUCCCGAUUCUCCCGAAGAAGAGCGAGCUCAGUGAAUGCACAGCCACACAACAGAGUCAUCCUUGACAGCCUAUCGGGAAGCCCCGGACGGCCUCGUACCGCGCAAUCUCAAGAUUCGAACGGCUCGAGACACGAAGCUCUCGAUAGGGGUACCGGCAUACCAGCCGCAGAUCCGACAAGGAAGCACAGUCUGCUGAUAUCAGAAGGUCAGGGAUCGCUCGGACGAGAAGCAACCUGGGACGACUUUCCCAAUGGCAGAUGGGGUCCAGCACAUUCACCAGCAUACGGAGAGAUCGAUGGCUACGGACCAAGUUUGAAAGUCGGGCCAGCCACAGCUCGCAAGUUGUGGGGAAACCCAACAACACCAAGGGAUGUCACGAAUCUGUUCUCUAAGCUGAUCACUGGAGCGCUGACAUCAGUGCCGUGGAGUGACGAAGUGGAUCCCAAUGCAGGUGUCAAUGGGCCUGGGUCGUUGCGAGCAGAGACACAAAUCAUCCGAAAUGAGCUUCUGGAGCUUAUCGAGCGGAAGCGAUAUUGGACAUUGGCGAGUCAGCCUGCGGUCGAUGGUGUAAGAAGUGACAACGAAGUGUUCGGCUGGGGUCCACGGGCUGAGGGCUUCGUUUUUCAAAAGGCCUUUGUCGAGUUCUUCUGUUCUAAAGGCGAAUGGGAAGGCUUGCUCAGGAAGAAGUUAAUUGAGACAUCACCUGAACAGCUGAGCUGGAUGAAAACCGAUGCGCUUGGUAUCUACGAAUCCAGCGACACUAUCAUAAACGCGGAAUCGAAACAAGGAAAACCGACCUCCAAGAAGACACCAGGCACAAAUGGUAUCAACGCUGUAACCUGGGGCGUCUUCAGGGGCAAGGAAAUCAUUGCACCAACCAUCAUCGAAAGCGAGAGCUUCAGAGCAUGGGGCGAGGAGGCUUUUGCAAUCUGGGGAGAAUGGCGGAGAUGCUACCCUCGAGGUAGCAAAGAGGAGCUGUGUUUGGAGGAUCUCCGGAAGGACAUCGUCCUCGUCAAUGUGGUCGGCCAAGAGUUCGUGGGAGGGCACCAGGGAAGAGGAAGGACACUCUGGGACAUUCUACUGAGCUAG